AUGAAUUUAAUGCGCAAAUUGCGAGGUUCCGCCGCAUCAACAUCGGCGGAGCCCGAAGCAGCGAGCUCCCACGUACAGCUGGGCUUAAUGCACCUGAAAAAACUCUUCGCGGAGUAUACUCAUCCGGCACAACCGCUGACAGAUGCAGAAAAAGAUGACAAAUUAUACAAUAUGCUCCCACUAUUCUGCAAGGUUUUUGGCUCCAGUCCUUCAACAGAAAUGAAUGAGAAGUUUUGGGAUAUAUUGUCAUUUUGUCAACAAGUUUCAAAGCUAAUGGUAUCAGAAAUAAGAAAGAGAGCCAGCAAUCAGAGCACCGAAGCAGCUAGCUGUGCUAUAGCCAAGUUUCUUGAAAUUGAAAACUCAGAAGAGUCUAGCAAUGGAUGGAUGCUUUUAUCAACUUUAAAUCUUUUGGCUGCGGGAGAUCAGUCAUUAAUACAGGUAAUGACAACUGCGGCUAUUCCCUCAACACUUGUCAAGUGUUUAUACCUAUUUUUUGAUCUUCCUGAGAUACCUGAAUCUGAAGCAGAUGUGCGUGAUGACACAAGUGAAUUUACUCCAAGGGAACGAAGGGUUCUUCUACAGAAGAUAUUUGUACAGGUUUUGGUCAGACUAUGUAGUCACCCUUUCCCCUGUGAAGAAUUGGCAAGGAAAGAUGACCUGAGCCUAUUAUUCUCAGCCAUAACAUCAUGGUGUGCCCCGCAUAAUAUGAUGUGGAGGAAAUCAGCUGCUGAAGUUUUGAUGACAUUAUCUAGACAUGGCUUAACACAAUCAGUUGUUCAAUAUAUACACAAUAAAGGAUGUGUCGGCUUGUGUAUUGAAAAUAUGCAAAAAAUACCAGAACUUACACCCUUAGAGGUGGUUGAAAUGUUUGUCGCUGUUUUUUGUUUUCUCAAAGAUUCCAGUGAUGUCAGUCAAUUAUUAUUAGAUGACUUUCGGUCUUGUCAAGGAUACCUAUUCUUAUCAGAAUUUCUUUUAAAACAUGAGAGGCAAGAUGUACCUGAUUAUUUGACAUCAGGAUUGGAGGAAGAACGCGUAAGUGGCACAGAGGCCCGAGCUGCUCUAAGAAACCUGGUUUUAAUGAUUUCGUCAUUAUGCGCUUGUGGUUUCUCGGAAUUGCGUCCCACGAGGGCUAAUACGGAACUGUUCCAGUUGCAAGGAUUCGUUCUACCACAACCGUCAACUCCUGGCCAGGCAGUUAGGAAUGUUCAGGCGUUUCAGGUAUUACAAUCGGUCUUCUUAAAGUCAAACUCGCCAGCUCUAUGCUGCACAAUCCUCGACGCCAUAUCCAGCGUGUACCACGCGGACAAUGCCAAUUAUUUUAUACUAGAAAACCAAAAUACCCUCAGUCAAUUUUCCGAGAGGAUCCAUACGAAAAAUGCGGAGAUUCAAGAGAAAUUCUUCGAGCUGUUGGAGUUCAUCGUGUUUCAAUUGAAUUUUGUUCCGUGCAAAGAAUUGAUAUCGUUAUCCUUAUUACUGAAAGCCAAUAGGUCAAGGAGCUGUAGCAUUCUAUGUAUGAAGACGCUUCUAAACAUUUUAAAGCAUAACGCGAUUUUCAAAGACGUAUACCGAGAGGUCGGAAUGCUAGAAGUGUUCGUAACAUGCCUCACACGUUAUGCUGUAUACCUAAAAGAUAAACAGAUACUCGAAGAGGAAAUGGAGAGAAGAGAAUCGGAUAGGAGUUCCAGCGAUUCCCCCAAAGCUCCGGAGCGGAAGAAGCGGCAGUCGAGACAAGAUUCUCUGAUAAGAGACCCCAAUGCUGAUCUACAGGAGGAAGAACUGGGUGAAUUAGUUAUGGAGGGACUGACGGCGUUACUAAAUGGAAACGUCAAUAACUGUAACGUGUUUCGAGAUUGUGGAGGCGCUAAGUGCGUACACGGUAUGGUCGUUUAUGAGUCGUGCAGGACGAAAGCUUUAGGUGUGAUAAGAGAAUUGAUUGUCAGUGGCUCUGGAGAAGAAGACAUGUCUAUGCUGCUAAGUGGAAUGCAUGCGGCGUCCAAUGAUGCUUACAGAUUAAAACUUCAUAUAUUAAAAGCGUUGCUGGUUUGUCUAAGAGACUCACAUCGUACCAGAACUAUAUUUAGAAAGGUUAGCGGCUUUGUAUACGUUACAAGUGUCCUGGUGUCUCUGGAAGGGAAACUGAAGGGAGAUAAACUCAUGGACCGUGAUAUGUUGCAACUCAUACAUAUCGUCUUUUACACGAUUAGUACGGCUAUGCGAUUUGAACCAGCUAACGCGAAGUUUUUUCAUCAUGAGAUUUGUAUGACAACGCUGUACGAGACAAUAAGACUGCUCGGCUGUUUCGUCAACGACACGGAACUGCAAAAUGACGUAGAGCCUGGCGACCCGGAACUUUAUGAAGUCUUUCAUGACGUUUUCACGAGCAAUAUAUUAGAAUCUACAUUUCCAGACAAGGUGCCAGUUGUGUUCAUCCACGCUUGCAUAGUUUUGCGACUGUUGUAUGACGUUGCAUUAGAUUCCUUUGAUAAGCCGUCUUUUUUUGGAUCACUCAAUGUAAAAUCUCCAAGCCUGACGCGACAAAGCUCGGCAAUCAAUGAGGCAAAACCGGCAGGUAGAUCGGCGCCGCUUAAUCUGUCGAUAGGAGCGCCAUCUAACGAGGCGUGGGUGAUUCACUCUGGAGUCGUGAUAGUGCUUGCGAAAUUGUUACCCGCUUUGCCCCGCCCACAUGAGCAUGAAGACUAUGCCCGUGCGCUGAGAGAUUAUCUCGCUCACGUGCUUAAGAGUCUUGUUAGAAGUGAGCGCAAUCAGCAAGUGAUGUGCGGCGGUGGAUUGGCCGGUGUGGUGUUGAGUGUGUGUACAGCCGCUUUGCGUGCCGAACGGCACCCGUUGCAUGCGCCCGCUAUGUACGUGCUUGAGAGAUUGGCUGCGCAUGCGUUGCGACCACGUGAGCUGAGGGAUUUUCUACGAAUGGGAAACCCUCUAAACUGCUUGGCACCAGAACCAGGGCAGGUCUGCAAGCCUGGAGGACCUGUGCCACUUACAAGAAUUAAAACUCUGGUGUCUAUGACAACACCGAGAGAUUACAGAUCACAAAAUUCGUGCACUCUACCGCCAUUCGUUGAAUUCGACAUGUCAGCGGAAGGUUUUGGCUGCCUUUACUUGCCAAGUAUUGCGCCGCAGUCGGCGAAUUUGAACGCGCUAGGAUCCCAGGAUACGUCCACUCUUGGAGGGAUUGGAUCAGGUGAUCGAGUCUUUCCACCGCAAACCGGUUUAACGUACUCAACGUGGAUAUGCGUAGAGAAGUAUUCAGAAGCACGUACAGACCCGCACUGCGUACGACUUCUAACUCUAGUCCGCAAUAUUAAUAACUCGAGGGACGAUCAUCUCGUUUGUCUUGCUCUUGUUUUAUCUGCGAGGGACAAAGCGAUCAUCGUUUCGACGCAAGAAACUCUUGUUCCACAUAAUGUUGGUGAAUGGGAACCUGAAGGCACCGGCGAAUGUGGUGCCCGAGUAUGGUGUCCUGAUCUUCAGCACGAGGGCCAGUGGCAUCAUUUGGCGCUAGUUCUUAAUCGUGCCGUUCUGAAGAACUCUUCCUUCUCAUUGUAUCUCGAUGGUCAACACAUGCACUCCGGCAAAUUGCACUACGUGAGUGCGAAUCCAGGUGGUGGAGCUGCUACCUUAUCUGGAGCUUCCAGUGUCUAUUGCGUCAUUGGUACCCCGCCUCACUGGCGACGUUACUCACGACUGCUGUGGAGACAGGGACCCGCCAUUUUGUUAGAAGACGUGUUAACAGCGCAAACAAUAUCGGUUAUCCACCAACUGGGACCGCACUACGUAGGGACGUUACAAGCUCCAGUUGUGCCGGGCGCCAACCAAGAACCACUAGCACCGUUGGUGGCUGAAGAGAAAGUUAUUUUCGGUAUCAACGCACGUGCCAUGUCACAGUUGACACUGGCCAAGAUCCGCAAAGUAUACAGCAAGAACGACAACAAAGCGAUUGCCAAGCAGCUAGGCAUGUCGUCUCACGAGAACGCAACGCCUAUUAGGAUCCUACACAAUUCCGCCGGUCAUUUGAUGGGCCCGGCCAGGUGUUUGGGCGGGGUAGUCGUCGGUUAUUUGGGUGUCAGGGUGUUCUGUCCCAAGCCUGCUGCUAUUAUGAUUGACACCGUCGGCGGAUGUUCCGUGUUGCUAGGCCUUAUUGCGAUGGCACAAGACGUAGAGUGUCUAUACGCAGGUGUAAAGGCGUUAGUCUGCGUCGUGCGUUCCAACAAAGCAGCUCAAGCCGAAAUGGACCGAAGGAAAGGAUAUCAAACACUGGCAAUGUUGCUGAAGAAGAAAAAGCAACUUCUCAAUUCACAUAUAUUGCAUCUCAUCUUCGGCCUUGUCGGUACUGUGGAUAGCCAAAAGGAAACAUCUUCUAUACCGAAUCUGACUGCGUUUCAGGACCUAAUUUGCGAUCUAGAAGUAUGGCUCGGUGCACCCGGCGGUCUAAUAAAGUCACUACUAGAGCAUCUACUGGAAUUAGCGACAGAAACCGCUCACAGGACGCACAACUUACGCACAAUGAGGGAGUUACAGUUGGUACCGAAAUUGCUCUAUAUCGUCAACGAUGUAAAAGUCGGCAGCACAAAGAACGUUCUGAUCAACCUACUUGCUGCUCUUCUGGGUGGCCAGCCGCGACCGACGGACCUGCUGUGCCUGGGCCAGUUCAUGGCCUUCACCCUACCGCUACCAUCACAAACGGAACAACAUAUCGUUAUAAUAGAGAACGAUUUUGACAAAGAAAUCGAUGGCGAACAUGUUAUUCUAAGAAACAAAUGCUUAUGCGUGUUGCAUGCAUUGUUGUUCACGACGCGAAAUUUGGUGAACACGAUCGUUUGUGAGGAGAUGUCUCGCGUCCUCGGAAUGGAUUGGCUGCUUAGUUUCAUGCAAGAGAAUGUUCACCACACGACGGUGUUGUGGGCGCUGAGGAUCCUAGUCAUUUUGUGUUCUGGUCAAGGGCAGCAAUCUGGGAUAAUGCAAAGGUUUCGCGAAGGUGUAGGCAAUGGUGGUUGGUUGCGACACACAGAACUGAUAGCAGGGUUCACUCUGCUGGCCUGGUUAUCUCUCUUCCACCUACAAAUUCCCGAGCUAUACUACCUGCUGUUCGGCCUAACUCUUGGCCAGCCAAUGCGGCAGAUAGGCCCCGAUAAGACGGUCUCAGUGGAACGGGUAUGGGCUGCGGCAUGGGGAGCCGCGGCACCACAGAGACAAUCUUCCGCUGCACUUGCUGCUAGGAUCACAUUAUGCCCUGAAGCUGUGGUCAUACUCUUGGCUACUGUCAGGUCCUUGGUACAUGCUGAGUCGGGUUCAUUACCGGAAUGGCUUGGCGAUCAUCCUGUAGCUAUUAUACAGGUGUUAUUUUCAUUGUACAACACAUUACCGGAUUUCGUAACUUUGAUGAUGACAGCUGAAGUACUCACCGCGCUAUCAUCAAUUCUCUUUCCACCAAACUCGUCGGAUGAGAUUCAUAUGCCUAUAUGUGAAAGCGGUGAAAGUUCGGGAGCAUCUACUCCAGGAUCGGAGAAGGAGGUUGUAUUGGUUAGCAACGCGGCUGCGCUUACGCAGCACCCCGCUAGGCAGGCGGUAAUGGACUUCCUCAAGGUCAUUGUGCUGGAUUCACUCCCACUUAACGUUACAGCUAAAGCCUCUCCAGUAAUCGACCUAGUGCUGGACGCAUCCCCAGCCAACUCGACAAGCGACCAGCAAGUAGAAUAUCAGACGGAGGUUUUGACCACCAUAAUGGAAAAUCUUUUGAACACAGAACUCUUUGGAUCUGAGUGUAAUAUUUCAAAUGUUUGUUACCUGGCUGCGAGACUCGUUGAUAAGUUGUGGCAAGGGCAGCUGUCUAGAGAUCCACAUGAAGUUUUCGAUUUUCUGGUAAAGUUAGUGACGCAAGCUAAAAAGAAGUCCUUAGUUAUAUCCUUGGAAGGAUUGCACCACUGUCUGAACCGAACGAUACUGUUUUUACUAUCCCGAUGUACGGAUUCAAUCGCCGAUCAGAUGUCUGUACUAGAAGCUUUACAUAAGCUAACUACCAACAGAUUACUAAUAUUCGGCGCGGGCAACCACGAAUUGGAGUUUAUUGGAUGCCUUACAUACUGUUUGCUGCAACUGAGUGCGAAUAUGAAAAUCGCAUUAGAUUCGCAUAUGCGGACUACUUGGCAUGUAAACCCUAGCGGAGAUUUGGAAUCUAGGGAUGACAAAUUAACUGCUCAUCAAGGUCGUAAUUUAAUGGCUGGGGCAGCUCGUCGCGUUUGGGAGGAGCUAUAUGCUUGCAAGAAGCCAGCUAUUGAAGAGGUGUUCAAAGUAAGCCUUAUUCCGCCGGCUCAGGGUGCUCGCGCGCCAGAUUUGGGCACAGUGCGUGAGAACCUACAUGACGCUGCGCAUAAGCUUUGGAUGAACUAUAUAGAUACCGAGAGAAAGGCUGUAUAUCGCGUACCAUGGGAACUACACAACCAAAUACAAUCGAAAAUACAAAAAGUAACAGGAGGAUUGACACGACUCGCUUCUCGAACGAAAGUGAAGCGAGACGACGCAGGGAAGCUCCGUCCUCGUCUUCCGAAACACCAUGCAUUGGCUUAUAUGCAGGAUCAUGUGCAGCUUGUUAGACAAUCUUGGCUAACGUGUGCUCAAUGCGCAGCGAAUACAAACGCUCAUACGACGCGAUAUGUCCAAGCGGAGUGGACCGGGGUCUGGCGGGAAUUGACCCGUGAGCGCGCGCUAUGGGGUCCGCCACGACCCUCGCCGCUCGACAAGUGGGCAUUGCAUUGUACUGAAGGACCUUGUCGCAUGCGCAAGCAGCUGCGACGCAACUAUUCAUUUUACGCACACUAUCCAUUUAGACCACACCUUGAGAAGGCUGAAAAUAAACAACUAAAGUACAAAGUGGCUCAAAGUCGAGACAGCAAAGAGUACUACAGAGUUUACCAGCAAUGGCGCACCGCAAGCAACGUGGGUGAAGCAGACAGCGUCGAUGCUUCUGAAGUGCAGACUUUUGAUGAUGAAAUUACCAGUAACAGAGAAGCAUCUGUGGAAGUGGUAAAUGAAGAAGGCAGCCCAUCGGACCUAGUCAGUAGCGGGGUCGUUAGUAGAGGAAAUAACCAAUCUCUAGAAGCUAAUGAAGAUGGCCCGGAUAAUGAGGACGAAGAUGAACAACCACCUCCACCCGACAAUCAGACGCUGUUACGACUACUUGAGCAUCACGAAAAGAUAACUCAUAUGUUUCGUUGUGCACGGAUACAAGGUCUUGACACUACAGAAGGCCUCCUGUUAUUUGGAAGGGAGCAUUGUUAUGUGAUAGAUGGAUUUACUCUGUUAAAGAACAGAGAGAUUCGAGAUCUUGAUAGCUGUCCGGACGACUACGAACCAAUACUGCCCAGUCAAGGCAUUCAGAGGAGCAACCAGAGACAGUGCUCCAAGUUUUUAUAUGAAGAUAUCAGAGAGGUACAUAAAAGAAGAUAUCUCUUACAACCGACUGCUUUAGAAGUAUUUUCUAGCGAUGGACGUAAUUACUUAUUAGCGUUUCCGCGGAAAGUAAGGAAUAAGGUUUAUAGUCGAUUCACCGCCUUAGCUACUGGCAUGGCGGAUAGCGCCGCGGGGUCCGUAGCGGGGCAAAAACGAGGUGUAGCAGUGGAACAACCCGCGGGCAUUCUUGCCUCCCUUAUAGGAGAUACGUCGGUCACACAGCGUUGGCUUCGAGGUGAAAUAACAAACUUCCAAUACUUGAUGCAUUUGAAUACACUAGCAGGAAGAUCUUAUAACGACCUCAUGCAGUAUCCUGUAUUCCCGUGGAUAUUGGCUGAUUAUGAGUCUUUGGAGUUAGACUUGACUGACCCCGCGACAUUCAGAGACUUGAGUAAACCAAUGGGAGCCCAAAGUUCCGAUAGAUUGGAACAGUUUAGGAAAAGAUAUAAGGAAUGGGAUGAUCCCCACGGAGAAACGCCUCCUUACCAUUAUGGUACACACUAUUCGUCGGCUAUGAUCGUUUGUUCCUAUCUUGUGCGUAUGGAACCGUUUACGCAGCAUUUCCUCCGACUGCAAGGGGGACAUUUUGAUUUAGCGGAUAGAAUGUUCCAUUCCAUAAAAGAAGCGUGGAAUUCGGCGUCGCGACACAAUAUGGCCGACGUUAAAGAGUUGAUACCCGAAUUUUUCUACUUACCCGAAUUUUUAGUGAACUCAAACAAUUUCGAUUUAGGUUCAAAGCAGUCCGGCGUAGCCCUCGGUGACGUGGUCUUACCGCCAUGGGCCAAGGGUGAUCCGCGCGAAUUCAUACGGAUACAUCGCGCCGCUCUGGAAUCGGAAUUUGUAUCGCACAGACUACACCAUUGGAUCGACCUAGUCUUCGGCUACAAACAACAGGGUCAACCCGCCGUGGAAGCCUGCAAUGUCUUCCACCAUCUCUUCUAUGAAGGCAACGUGGACAUUUACAAUAUCGACGAUCCGCUGAAAAAGACCGCGACAAUAGGCUUCAUCAAUAACUUCGGUCAAAUACCGAAACAGCUGUUUAAAAAAGCGCACCCAAGCAAGAAAAUGUCCCAACGCAGUUCGACUAUACUCGAUCCUAAUAAUAUUAUACCGUCGCAAGGUAUUAUUACGCCUCCGGAGAAACUGUUUUUCCAUAAUUUGGAAAAUUUGAGACCUUCAUUACAACCAGUUAAAGAGGUGAAAGGCCCAGUUGGUCAGAUACUCUAUACUGAAAAAGCAAUUUUAGCAGUUGAGCAGAAUAAAGUGUUAAUGCCACCAGCGUUUAACAAAUACGUAGCGUGGGGCUUCGCUGAUCACUCCCUUCGUAUUGGGAACUAUGACAACGAUAAAUCCGUGUUUGUUUGCGAAAGCGUCGCGCAAGCUUGCGGUGAAAUAGUCACGUGUGUUUGCUUGUCGGAUAAAAUGAUCGUUACCGCUGGAACUAGUACGGUGGUAACGAUAUGGCAAUACUGGGCAAGACGCCGUCGACUGACAGUCAAGACUUGUCUAUACGGCCACGAAGAAGCGGUCACUUGCUUGGCUGCUAGUUCUUCCUACAACCUGGUGGUCAGCGGCAGUCGGGACGGCCUCGUCAUCGUUUGGGACGCGGAACGGGGCACGUUUGUUAGACAGCUUUUGCCCCCUCAUUUCGCGAAUAUGACUCAGCCACUUCCCCCCGUGUCUGCAUUGGCUAUUGAUGAUCUAACGGGCGACAUUGCUACUUGUGCGGGUAGUUGGGUGCAGGCGUGGUCUAUAAACGGCGAGGCCUUGGGUGGAGCAGCAGCAGGUACAGGUGACCGCGCUCCGCAAUUGCUGUGUGUCGCGUUUAGUCAAGCCCGUGACUGGGAUCCGCUGAAUGUCAUCCUAACAGGUUCUUCAGACGGCGUCGUAAGGAUGUGGUCAAUCGAAUAUGUACCCAAACUUGAUGACGAAACACACAGUUCGGAAGCAGGAAGUGUUGAUGUAGCAUCCGGCUCGGUAGAUAUCGAGAAACAGGCUGAACAAAAAUUGACCUGUCAAGAGAGUGAAGAAGUUAAAACUGAGAGUGAAGAUAUUAAGACCGAGGGUGAACUAAAGUCGGAGAGUGAAACUAAGGCUGAAGAUGCAGAAAAGAAUGAACGGGAGGCAGCUAUUAAACGCGUUGAGGCGUUAGUCAAGCAGAUGAGUUUGUCACAAGAACACGAAGGCAGCAAUCUCGCGAAAUCAGGAUCGGAGAGUUCUUUAUCCGAUAUCGGUGAAACAACCAGUGCGAAGGAAUCGUCUCGCCGGCACGAAGACAAAGACACCUGCAGCGACAAUGAGUACCAAGAGAAGCAUGAUGUGGACUCGUGCGAUGAGGUCAAAAACUAUGACGUAGACUCUGAUGAUAAGGACUACGAUAAUGAGAAAGGUCUAGACAAAGACAAUGUUACGCACAGGAGUAAGUUGCAGAAACAAGAGAACGUCGUGCUACGGCAUAAGUCGAAGGGAAAUCCGUUGUAUCGUAAAAGUGGAGGUAGUAUAGGCGGUUCCAGUGAAUCGGGCUCCGUAGAGCGUGGAACAGGCAGCGGGGAGGGGGAACUGCGGAACAGCAAAUCUGACACGAGCCUCACAGACUCGUUCGUCGUUCUCGAACAUUCCAAGGACGUACCUGCACAUCCACCAGUGAAAACGGAUACUAGCACGGUUGAGCAGCCGGUUGUCCGCUGGUCGCGCCGUCUAGUUGUACGAGGCAAACUGACUAUGCACACAGCGUACGAGCGACGCGACAACCUCUCUCCGGCUGCUGUUACAGCUCUAGCUGCAGCGCGGACGGGACGCGGCGUUGCCGUUGGGGACGCUAGAGGACGGAUAUUCCGUUGGUCGGCACCGGAUAUGACAAGUGCGUCUGGUGCAAAGGGAGGACCGGCUGAUCAUUGGAUACGCGACGACACAGCACCGCAUUGCACACAGUGUCAAGUACGAUUCACGGCGCUAGAGCGACGCCACCACUGUCGCGAGUGUGGCGCAGUCUUUUGCGGCCGUUGCUCCCGCUACGAGGCGCCUGUACGUCGUCUACGUGCGCUACGCCCAGUACGCGUCUGCCAACGAUGCCACCACAACAUCCAGAACUCAAAGGACUGA